AUGUCAGGCUCAUUAACCGCGUCUCAACUUGCCAAAUAUCAUCAGGAUGGUUACUUGGUUAUUCCAGACUUUUUCGACCCUAAGCCAAUUCUACAGCAUGCCAAAGAGCUAAUUCAUUCAUUCGAUCCAAAUGGUCAUCCUAUGACCAAAUUCAGCACAGGUGGAGAAGAAGGAACGAAGGAAGAUGGAAAAGAACAUGUUGGAGACCGAUACUUUCUAGAAAGUGGCGAUAAGAUUCGUUAUUUCUUAGAAGAAGACUCUAUAGGCUCAAACGGCAUGCUAAAUCGAUCGCCGGAUCUAUGCGUCAACAAGUGCGGGCAUGCGUUGCAUAGCUUGGAUCCAAUCUUUCAUCAAUUGACAUUCUCGGAAAAGGUUCAAAAUUUAAUCAGAUCCUUAGAAUCAUUCUCCAUACCUCAAUGUCUGCAAUCUAUGGUUAUCUGUAAACAACCUUCGAUCGGUGGUGCAGUUCCGCCUCAUAACGAUUCAACAUUUUUAUACACUUCUCCACCCAGUGCGACAGGACUUUGGUUUGCAUUAGAAGAUUGUACGACGACAAAUGGAUGUUUGUCAUUUAUUCCGGGAUCACAUAGAUGGCAGGACGAUUCAUCAAAAUCGAACUACACAAAGCCAAGACCGCAAAAUGAAAAGGAAGAAAUCAGGCAAAAGUAUGGAGAACCACGCGGUGUGAACAAACGCUUCGUUCGAUCUGAUCCCGAGAAUGUUGAUGCAGGAACUGGUUUCGAAACGUUAUCAGAACAAGAAGAGGAAGAAUGGGAUGAAAAAAGAGCUUCUGUUGAAGCUUGUAAAGCGGGAACAUUGGUUCUAAUCCAUGGAUCGGUGAUGCACAAAAGUGAAAAGAAUAAAAGUGACAAGAGCAGAUACAUCUAUACUUUCCAUUGUAUAGAGGGCGAUUCAACCAAGGCACUUUAUGAUUCACGAAAUUGGCUACAACCUUCAAAAGAGAUGCCAUUCAGUGAAUUGUACAAUCCUCCUACAUUGAGAGCAUGA